CGUCACGUCCCCCGUAUUUUUCUAUCUGAGAACGACUGGCACAAGAGCUGUCGCGUCUGAGCAGAGGCAGUGGUCUUAAGCGCCCACUUUAGCCAGGUAACGGGACCUAGCAUCGCUCGUUAGGAUAAACCCUGUUUUAGGCUCCAUUAAAGCAUAACUAGUUUAGUUAGCUUAUUUGCUAACUUACGUUGGUUGUUCAGCCUUUGCGGGAAAACUAUGGAUGACUCUGAAUCCCGCAAGAUGAGAGCAGAGAGGAGACGGCAGAACCAGGAUGACUCGCCCAGAUAUCAUCAGGGGCAGUAUAUUCCAGCUCUGGAGAACCCGGAGAGCGACAUGGGGAUCUGCGCCUGGUGUCUGAUGGGCUUCUCCGUCCUGCUGGUGCUCGCCACUCUGCCCAUCUCCAUCUGGAUGUGCAUAAAGAUUGUGAAGGAGUACGAGAGGGCCAUUAUCUUUCGGCUUGGACGCAUCCUCAAGGGAGGCGCUAAAGGACCAGGUCUGUUCUUCAUCCUUCCCUGCACUGACAGCUUCAUCAAUGUGGACAUGCGCACCAUCACCUUCGACAUUCCUCCACAGGAAGUGCUGACCAAGGACUCGGUGACGGUGUGCGUGGACGGCGUGGUGUACUACCGCGUGCAGAACGCCACGCUGGCGGUGGCCAACAUCACCAACGCCGACGCCGCCACGCGCCUGCUGGCCCAGACCACACUGCGCAACGUGCUGGGCACCAAGAACCUGGCCGAGAUCCUGUCGGACCGCGAGGAGAUCGCCCACAGCAUGCAGUCCACCCUGGAUGACGCCACAGAUGACUGGGGCAUUAAGGUGGAGCGGGUGGAGAUCAAGGAUGUGAAGCUUCCUCUGCAGCUUCAGAGAGCCAUGGCGGCUGAAGCAGAGGCGUCUCGCGAAGCUCGCGCUAAGGUGAUCGCGGCGGAGGGCGAGAUGAACGCCUCGCGGGCGCUGAAGGAGGCGUCCAUGGUGAUCGCGGAGUCGCCGUCCGCCCUGCAGCUGCGCUACCUGCAGACGCUCAACACCAUCGCCGCCGAGAAGAACUCCACCAUCAUCUUCCCGCUGCCCAUCGACAUGAUCCAGGGCUUCUUGAAGCAGUGAGCCGCGAAACCGCGAGCCGCGGGAGCACCACCUGCCCGCGGCCCGCGGCCCGGAGGCGGGGCUUCGCGGGGCCCCGGCCGUCGACGCGGGAUCGGCGGGAGCGCGCCUCCUGUGUUUCGAAAGCAUGCUCUGGGUAGUUACGGAAGCGUUUGUUUUUUCGGUUGGUUUGAGGUGUCUCGCUUACAUUUUAUUUGGAGGCUUUGAAAGCGCC